UCUAAUAAUAAUGGUACGUUCCACCGUGCUGUCGCGUUAAAAUCGCACAUUUCAAGGGCAGUUCGUUUCCCUAGUGCGCCUACUCUGUCCUGUUGAGUCUUAUGAGCGAAUCAUGAAUAUGCUUUGCAGAGUUGGUCAGAUACGCAGGUGUGCAGCCAGCCUCAGCCAAAGUCUAAACCAAGUAUCUUCAUCAAGGCAGAAGCACACGCUCCCCGAUCUGACAUAUGACUAUGGUGCCCUCGAGCCUUACAUCAGUGCUGAGAUAAUGCAACUGCACCACAGCAAGCAUCAUGCCACAUAUGUUAACAAUCUCAAUGUCACAGAGGAGAAAUAUCAAGAGGCCCUUGCAAAAGGAGAUGUAACGACCCAGGUUGCCCUCCAGCCUGCUCUGAGGUUUAAUGGAGGAGGUCAUAUUAAUCACACCAUCUUUUGGACAAACCUCACUCCAAAUGGUGGAAGCGAGCCUCAGGGAGAGCUUAUGGAGGCAAUCAAGCGGGACUUUGGCUCUUUUCAAAAGCUGAAGGAGAGGAUGUCUGCUGCUACGGUGGCAGUGCAGGGUUCAGGCUGGGGCUGGCUGGGCUAUGAAAAAGAAAGCGGACGACUUCGUAUAGCUGCUUGUGCAAACCAGGAUCCCCUACAGGGAACAACAGGUCUCAUCCCUCUCCUUGGUAUUGAUGUGUGGGAACAUGCCUACUACCUUCAGUAUAAAAAUGUGCGGCCAGACUACGUUAAAGCAAUCUGGAAUGUUAUCAACUGGGAGAAUGUGAGCGAGCGUCUCCAGACUGCCAAAAAGUAGAAAAGAACUCUCAAAUAGCCCUUAAAACCCCUCUCACCAUGCUCUGGACCUGGAUCAAAUAGUAGUUGCUAAUAAUUACGUUUUCCUUGCACAAAUGGUAUUCAAGCAUACAUCUGGUCAGUUGCAUUAAAGCUGAUUAAACUGACUUUAAAAUUAUUUCCAUAUUGAAAUCCUAUGUUCUUCCUGGAAAACAUGCACAGGUUCCAGUAAAAUAUAAAUUAUUUGCAAAUGCUUUUUGAUCUCAGGUCAGCUUUCGACCAUCAGACUUUUUGUGUCAAAUGGCCGCUUCUCACAUGAAGGCUGGCUUUUGUUAAUCACACCCAAACUGCAACUGCUGUAGUAGGAGUCAUACAGACCCAUAGUGACCUGUGUCUUUGUCACAUUGUUGCACUAAUCCGACAUUGCUGCAGCCCCUGUUUUUGAUGUAUUAUAAUAAAAUUAUAGAAUUUCAAUUGUC